CCCCUGAUCUCUUUGUGUCUAUGCAAAGGGUGUAAGUGGCAGAGGGAGAAACUGCGCCGCUGUGUGCAUCCUGCAGCUAAGAAAUAAAUAACCCAGAUAUACUUUUUGCUACCUUUUCAGUAGAAACUGGGAAAUUUACUAAUUGUAUUUAACUGAAAAGGAGCCAUUCCACGUGGAGACAUCUUGGAUUGCAUUAGCUGCACCUCUGUGUAAUUGAAAAGGAGAACAAGUUGUGAAGGCACCAGAGGAGGACAAAAUCGGCACACAAGCGUCCCCAAACCCCUCUAGCUUGUGGAAGUAUCAUCGAUAUGUCCGGCAGUGAGGACGAAAGAGAUGAUUUUGAACAUCGGCCAAUCAUGCAAGACGAGGACGAUCUGGAUGAGGAGUUGUCAGAGAAUGAAGCCCCAAAGGUGAAGAAGAAGAAGAAAGCCAAAAAAAGUAACCGUGAGAGCAAAGGCAGCAAGAAAAAUCGCUCCCGCAGAGAGGAUAUUGGCAUCAGUUCUCCAGAGCCAGGAGAUGGCCCUGAUCUGGAUGAUGGUGAAGAAGACCGCUCAGACAGUGAGGGGAGUGACUACACACCAGGCAAAAAAAAGAAGAAGAAAGGUAGCACUGCAAAGGACAAGAAAAGAAGCAGCUCUGGUGCCGACAGAAGCUUAGCUGCCUCAAAACGGAGGGAACCUGAAGAAGAGGACGACGACGACGAUGAUGAUUCGGAGCCAAAGUCCUCGUCUCAACUGCUGGAUACCUGGGGGAUGGAGGACAUUGAUCAUGUCUUCACGGAGGAGGACUAUAAAACUCUGACUAACUAUAAGGCCUUCAGCCAGUUUGUCAGGCCCCUGAUUGCUGCCAAAAAUCCCAAAAUUGCUGUUUCCAAAAUGAUGAUGGUUCUGGGAGCAAAGUGGCGGGAGUUCAGCACUAACAAUCCUCUGAAGGGCUCGGCCGCUGCCACCACGGCCCUGGUGGCUGCUUCUGCGGCUGCAAUGGUAGACGUCCCUGCAGCAGCCGAAUCUCCACCUGCGGCACCUGCAGCCCAACUCAGUGCUGAGUCUGCUCCAGCGGCUCCCAUACGCAAAGCCAAGACUAAAGAGGGCAAGGGUCCAAAUGCUCGCAGGAAGCCCAAGCCCGCCCCCAAACCUCAGGAGAAAAAGGUGAAGACCAAGAAGGUUGCUCCUCUGAAGAUCAAAUUAGGCGGCUUCAACAGCAAGAGGAAACGAUCAUCUAGUGAAGAGGAUGAUGUUGAUGUGGACAGUGAUUUUGAUGAUGGCAGUAUGAACAGUGUGUCCGUGUCAAAUGGAUCCAACAGCCGCAGUAGUCGCAGCAGCGCUAAAAAGAAGCCCAAAAAGAAGACGAAAAAGGGAGAUGAGGAUGGUGAUGGCUACGAGACGGAUCAUCAGGACUACUGCGAGGUCUGUCAGCAGGGAGGAGAGAUCAUUCUCUGUGACACCUGUCCACGAGCAUAUCACAUGGUCUGUUUGGACCCUGAUAUGGAAAAGGCACCAGAAGGCACCUGGAGCUGCCCACACUGUGAGAAGAUGGGGAUCCAAUGGGAGGCUCGUGAGGAUGCAUCAGACGGUGAGGAGGAUAACGAGGCAGAAGGUGGCGAGGCAGAAGAGGACGAUCAUCACAUGGAGUUCUGCAGAGUGUGUAAGGAUGGUGGAGAGCUUUUGUGCUGUGACUCCUGCCCCUCCUCGUACCACAUCCACUGUCUCAACCCACCCCUGCCUGAGAUACCCAACGGAGAAUGGAUCUGCCCACGCUGCACUUGUCCUGGUAUGAAAGGUAAAGUGCAGAAGAUUCUGACCUGGCGCUGGACUGAACCUCCUCCUCCAACUCCUGUUCCCCGCCCCACUGACCUCCCAGCUGAUGCGCCUGACCCCACACCAUUGGCCGGUCGCCCUGAGAGGGAGUUCUUCGUCAAAUGGCAGAAUUUGUCCUACUGGCACUGCUCCUGGGUCACUGAACUACAGCUGGAGAUGCACUGUCAGGUGAUGUUCAGAAACUACCAGCGCAAGAACGACAUGGAUGAGCCAACGCCCAUUGACUUUGGCACUGAGGGAGAUGAGGAUAAGAGUGAGAAGAGAAAGAGCAAAGACCCCACCUAUGCUCGGAUGGAAGAGAAAUACUACCGCUUCGGCAUCAAGAUGGAGUGGAUGAUGAUUUACAGAAUCCUGAACCACAGUGUGGAUAAGAAGAAUAACUGUCACUACCUCAUCAAGUGGAGAGAUACGGCAUAUGAUCAGUCCACCUGGGAGGCGGACGAUAUGGACAUUCCUGAGUUUGACACCUACAAACUGCAGUACUGGAACCACAGGGAGUUGAUGAUGGGAGAUGAAGGUAAACCAGGAAAGAAACUGAAGAUCAAAGGAAAGAUGCGAAAACUCGAUCGACCUCCAGAAAAUCCAGUCGUGGAUCCCACUAUCAAGUUUGAUCGUCAGCCAGAGUAUCUGGACACUACAGGCGGAACACUGCAUCCGUACCAGCUGGAGGGGUUGAACUGGCUUCGCUUCUCCUGGGCUCAGGGAACCGACACCAUCCUGGCAGACGAAAUGGGUCUUGGAAAGACUGUGCAGACUGCUGUUUUCCUCUAUUCACUGUAUAAAGAGGGCCACUCCAAGGGUCCGUUCCUGGUCAGUGCUCCUCUCUCCACCAUCAUUAACUGGGAGAGAGAGUUUGAGAUGUGGGCCCCCGACAUGUACGUCGUCACUUACGUAGGUGACAAGGACAGUAGGGCUAUUAUCAGAGAAAACGAGUUCUCCUUUGAAAAUAACGCCAUCCGAGGAGGCAAGAAACCCUCUAAGAUGAAGAAAGAAGCCUCUGUGAAGUUCCACGUGCUGCUGACCUCCUAUGAGCUGAUCACUAUUGAUACGGCUGUUCUUGGCUCCAUCGACUGGGCAUGUUUGGUAGUUGACGAGGCCCACAGACUGAAGAAUAACCAAUCAAAGUUUUUCAGGAUUCUCAACAACUACCCACUGCAGCACAAGCUGUUGUUGACUGGAACUCCUCUACAGAACAACUUGGAAGAGCUUUUCCAUCUGCUCAACUUCCUCACACCAGAGAGAUUCAGUAAUCUAGAAGGAUUCUUGGAAGAGUUUGCUGACAUCGCCAAGGAGGACCAGAUCAAAAAGCUUCAUGACAUGCUAGGACCCCAUAUGCUCAGGAGACUCAAAGCUGAUGUGUUCAAGCACAUGCCCUCUAAAACCGAGCUAAUCGUCAGAGUGGAGCUCAGCCCCAUGCAGAAGAAAUAUUACAAGUUUAUCUUGACACGUAACUUUGACGCUCUGAACACUCGCGGUGGAGGAAACCAAGUGUCUCUACUAAACGUCGUCAUGGACCUCAAGAAGUGCUGUAAUCACCCCUAUCUUUUCCCUGUUGCUGCUAUGGAAGCUCCCAAGAUGCCCAAUGGGAUGUAUGAGGGCAGUGGCCUGACUAAAGCUGCUGGCAAGCUAAUGCUACUUCAGAAGAUGAUGCGCAAACUCAAAGACGGCGGACACCGAGUGCUCGUAUUUUCUCAGAUGACCAAAAUGUUGGACCUGCUGGAAGACUUCCUGGAGAAUGAGGGCUACAAAUAUGAACGUAUCGAUGGCAGCAUCACUGGAAGCAUGAGACAGGAGGCUAUUGACCGCUUUAACGCCCCUGGUGCUCCGCAGUUUGCUUUCCUGCUGUCAACCAGAGCUGGAGGUUUGGGUAUCAACUUGGCAACCGCAGACACGGUCAUCAUCUACGAUUCUGAUUGGAACCCUCACAACGACAUUCAGGCUUUUAGCAGAGCUCACAGAAUCGGUCAAAACAAGAAGGUGAUGAUCUACCGCUUUGUGACCAAAGCCUCUGUAGAAGAAAGAAUCACUCAGGUGGCAAAGAAGAAGAUGAUGUUGACUCACUUGGUUGUGCGUCCUGGAUUGGGCUCAAAGACAGGUUCAAUGUCCAAACAGGAGCUUGACGACAUCCUUAAAUUUGGAACGGAGGAGCUCUUCAAGGAUGACGGAGAAGGAGAAAACAAAGAAGAUGACAGCAGCGUGAUUCACUAUGACGACAAAGCCAUAGAUCGCCUGCUGGAUCGUAACCAGGACGCCACAGAUGACACAGAGAUCCAGAGCAUGAACGAGUAUCUGAGCUCUUUCAAAGUGGCUCAGUAUGUGGUCAAGGACGAGGAGGUGGUGGAAGAGGAAGUUCAGAGGGAGAUCAUCAAGCAGGAGGAAAGUGUGGAUCCAGAUUACUGGGAGAAACUGCUCAGACACCAUUACGAGCAACAGCAGGAGGAUCUGGCUCGCAACCUGGGCAAAGGCAAACGAAUCCGCAAACAGGUCAACUACAACGAUGGAUCUCAGGAAGACCGCGGUGAGAGACGUGACUGGCAGGAUGAUCAAUCAGACGGUCAAUCAGAUUAUUCUGUUGCCUCAGAGGAAGGAGAUGAGGACUUUGAUGAGCGAACUGAAGCCAAUUCACGGCGACCCAACAGGAAAGGCCUCCGAAAUGACAAAGACAAACCCCUGCCACCCCUGCUGGCCAGAGUUAGUGGCAACAUUGAGGUGUUGGGUUUCAAUGCUCGCCAGAGGAAGGCCUUCCUGAAUGCAGUGAUGCGUUAUGGGAUGCCGCCUCAGGACGCCUUCACCACCCAGUGGCUGGUCAGAGACUUGCGUGGCAAAUCUGAAAAGGAGUUCAAGUCAUAUGUGUCACUGUUCAUGCGGCACUUGUGUGAGCCUGGUGCAGAUGGUUCUGAAAGCUUCGCUGAUGGCGUUCCUCGGGAGGGACUGUCACGGCAACACGUCCUUACCCGUAUUGGUGUGAUGUCGUUGAUCCGAAAGAAGGUGCAAGAGUUUGAGCAUGUGAACGGCCAGUGGUCCUUGCCCUGGAUGAUGGAGUUAAACGAAAAUAAAACCCCAUCUGCCACCGGUAGCCAGCCUGACUCUCCCAGCAAAACGCCCUCUACUGGUACUCCAGCAGACACUCAGCCAAACACACCCGCUUCAGAUGGUCUUUCCAAAGCAGAUGAUGGUGCAAAAGACACAGAUAAUGAAAAGGAGGUGAAAAAUGGAGAGAGUGAGAAGAAAGAGUCCAGUGAGAAGAAAGACAGUGACGUUAUUGCCAUUCCGGAUGAGGGCAGUUCUUCUACUUCUGUUGAGAAAGGCAAAGAGAAGGAAGAGAAGGACAAGAGCGAAUCAUCCGAGUCAGAGAAGGUGGAUGGUAAGCUAGGUGAGUUGACGGAGAAGAAAGAGAAAGAAGAUGAGAAAGCAAAGUCUGGAGAUGAAAAGAAGGCGGAAGACGCCAAGCCCAAUGCAGCAGAGGGUGACAAGGAAACUUCAGACGCCAAAGGAGAAAAGAAGGAUGAUGAACCUGAAAAGAUGGACACUACCCCUGUUACAGAUGACAAGAAUGGUCAGAAGGUUGAGAAGGAAUCUGGUAAGACGGAAGACGCAGUAAAACUGCAGAAUGGAGAGAGUGCCAAAGACAGUGCAGCUGCAGCACCAGGACUUGAAGAGAGGAAGAAAGCCAAAACCAGAUUCAUGUUUAACAUUGCUGAUGGAGGAUUUACAGAAUUGCACUCGCUGUGGCAGAAUGAGGAACGAGCUGCCACUGUCACCAAGAAAACCAAUGAGAUUUGGCAUCGUCGCCAUGACUACUGGCUGCUUGCUGGUAUCAUACAACACGGUUAUGCUCGCUGGCAAGACAUUCAGAAUGAUGUCAGAUACGCCAUUCUCAACGAGCCCUUCAAGGGUGAGAUCAACAGAGGAAACUUCCUGGAGAUCAAGAACAAGUUUCUAGCCAGGAGAUUCAAGUUGCUUGAGCAGGCUCUGGUGAUCGAAGAGCAGCUGCGCAGAGCUGCAUAUCUAAAUAUGACUGAAGACCCUUCUCAUCCCUCCAUGGCUCUCAACACACGCUUCAGUGAAGUGGAGUGUCUGGCCGAAUCCCACCAGCACCUGAGCAAAGAGUCCAUGUCUGGAAACAAACCUGCCAACGCUGUCCUGCAUAAAGUACUGAAACAGUUGGAGGAGUUGCUAAGUGACAUGAAAGCAGAUGUUACUCGUCUCCCGGCAACCAUUGCCAGGAUACCGCCUGUCGCUGUGAGGCUGCAGAUGUCUGAGAGAAACAUUCUCAGCCGCUUGGCCAGCAGAGGACCAGAAACACAGUCUCAGCAGGUACAGCAAUAGCCUGUAGAAGUCACGAGUCCUCAGAGCACCACACACCAUGUCUACAUUCCUCAUUGCACAUGAUCUCGUCUUGGCUUGAAUCCACACUCUUGUACUGUCCGCUCAAACCUGGAGGCUGUGGAUAUUUGAGCUGUUGUUGUUUUUUUUCUAAUUAAUAUUGUUUACAUAAUAUUGUUGAUGAUGGUUUUUGGGACCUAAAUAAAAUGUAAUAAAGGUUUCUGUUCCUUUUAACAAUGUUA